UGCCGUUUUGUCGCAUCUCGUCGCGGGAGUGCGAUCGUGCGUGGAACGUGCGUGAUCGACAUUACGGAUAUAUUGUGUGCGAAAUGUAAAUAAUAAACGAGCCACCGAGCCGUUAAACAAAAAGAUCAGUUAGGUUUCGAUUUACUUUCGCACGACAACGUUUCAGUGUGUGUCCACCACAUGAAUUACCGGUGAUACGUUUCUGUCAGCGUGUUCGCAAUGGCCGAUGAGUCCUCUGCGUUGCCGAAGAGGCGGCAAUUGCGUGAAAGAACCAAGAAGCUCUACACCGACGACUGGACCCUAGGCGACGAAGAGAUCGAGGGUCGCAGAACUUUCCAACUUGAUGAGAAAAUCGAAUGUGAAAGAUAUGAUCUGAGCAACUUCAGCGGUCUCUUCCGAGAGAUGAACGGCUCAGAAUUGAAUUUGGCGUUUCUGCAAAAGUAUGGGUUACAAAUACCAUUGUUGUUCAAGGAAAUGUCAGGGCUCGGACUACGUGUGCCUAGCGCUAAUUUUUCAGUUAAUGAUGUUAGAACUUGUGUUGGUUCUAAGAGAAUACUGGAUGUGAUGGAUGUUAAUACUCAGAAGAAUGAAGAUAUGACGAUGAAGGAUUGGCAAAAGUAUUACGAAGAUCCCAAUAAAGAACGACUGUUGAAUGUGAUCUCCUUAGAAUUUAGUCAUACUAAGUUAGAGAAUUAUGUCCAAUCGCCUGCACUUGUGCGGCAAGUUGAUUGGGUGGAUGUUGUAUGGCCAAGACAUUUAAAAGAUGCUCAAGUGGAAUCGACUAAUCUUUUGGAGGAUAUGAUGUAUCCAAAAGUACAGAAAUAUUGUUUAAUGUCAGUGAAAGGAUGUUAUACCGAUUUCCAUGUUGACUUUGGUGGCACUAGUGUAUGGUAUCAUAUUUUGCGUGGUGGUAAAAUCUUCUGGCUGAUUCCACCGACUGAGAAGAACCUGGCGCUCUACCAGGAGUGGGUGUUAAGUGGCAAACAGUCGGAUGUAUUUUUUGGUGAUAUGGUAGACAGAUGCGGCAGAAUAAGUCUAACAGCUGGUAUGACAUUGUUCAUACCAACUGGUUGGAUACAUGCUGUAUAUACUCCUCAGGAUUCUCUAGUUUUUGGUGGCAACUUUUUACACAGCUUCGGUAUAGAGAAACAAUUGAAAGUGGCACAAGUGGAAGAACACACCAAAGUGCCACAGAAGUUCCGGUAUCCAUUCUUCACAGAAAUGUUAUGGUAUGUUCUUGAACGAUACGUACAUGUACUUUUGGGCAGGAGUCACUUAGAAAUAGCCGAAUCGCAGAAGCAGCAUUCAAUUCCACCGCAGCAUCAGCACAUACACAUCACUCCGUUUGAGUUACAUGGUUUGAAAGCAAUAGUUAUGUAUCUACAUUCUUUGCCGUCGACGAAGAAAAACGUGCCAGAACUUAUUCGUGAUCCAGUUGCCUUGAUUCACGAUGUACGCUGUUUAGUGGAGCAACAUCGGCAUGACAAUUCUGAAGCUGCAAUAACGGGAUAUGCCGUAUUGCCACCGCCACCGCCGCUCACUAUCGCCGACAGGGAACGAUUGAGAGUGGCGCGAAAAGGUUUCGUGAAGAUACCAAGACUUCCAUCGGAGAAGUCCGAAAGAGCGUUUCCGCGUAGAAGGCGUACCAGAUGUAAAAAGUGUGAAGCUUGCACCAGACAGGAUUGUCGGGAAUGCGUCUAUUGUCAGGACAUGGUAAAAUUCGGUGGAACUGGUCGCGCCAAACAAACCUGUCUGAUGCGCCAAUGCCUCAGGCCCAUGUUACCAGUUACGUCAGCCUGUAAAAUCUGUCAAUUGGAUGGCUGGAAACAACCACCGGCACCGUUGAUGGGUAAACCAAUUCCCAAUAUACCGUCGAAGUUAAUGGAAUGUUCGAUAUGCUUCGACAUCGUACAUCCGGAAUGUAUAGGUUUGAAUUACGAUGAAAUAACAACAGUUAAUGAUGACGUGCCAAAUAGUUGGGAAUGCCCUCAGUGUUGCGAGCGAGGUCGAAAUCUUGAAUACCGGCCGCGUCAACAGAAAUCUCGCUCGCGGAAGCUAUCGAUAUCGAGCGCAGGAUCCUCAGCACCCACUUCGGAUUCUGACACUACAACGCCGAAUAAACAACCACGGUUGGAGGAGAUAAACGACUCGCCCGCAGAAGCAGCUGAUAAUGAACGAAGAACAAUUAUGCGUAACCACUUAGCAAUGCAAUUGAUUGCCGGAACCAGCAGAAAUCUGAUCAGGCCACACGUGGUGGUUAGACCUGCCCCACCACCACCUAUUCCAAGAUCGGAUGAAGAUGAGUCAAAUCUAGCGUACGACAAGACGGUGAUGCUGUCGGUUCUCCGAUACCUUAGCGUAAGAGAGCUGUUUCAUUGUGCCUUGGUCUGUCGUACCUGGGCGAGAUAUUGCAUAGAUCCCAGUUUAUGGAAGAAACUUGAUAUGUCGCACAUCUGCCUGGAGCCUUCGCAUUUGACCUUCAUCGUACGCAGACAACCGGAAAAUCUUAAGCUCGAUUGGACCAAUAUCAACAAAAAACAGCUGGUUUGGUUGUUGACUAGAUUACCGCAAUUACGAACAUUAUCUCUUCAAGGUUGCACUUGGGCAGCAGUUUGCGGCCUGAGAACUUGCUGCUGUCCCCCUCUGACGAUGCUGGAUCUGAGUUACGUUACCGGAUUAAAUGACGUCAAUCUAAAUGAAGUUCUGAGCCCACCGACGGAUUCGCGACCUGGUCUUAUCGAUAAGACGUCGCGAUUGAAGCACCUCAAAUAUUUGUUCUUGGCCGGAUGCGAUAUUACUGAUCUUGGAGCCAGAUACAUAGUCGAGCACUUGUCGUGCCUAGAAAGUUUAGAUUUGUCUUCGUGCGGCAGACUCACUGACAUGGGUGUGGCUCAACUAGCAACGCAGAAGCUACCAAAUUUGAUGUCAUUAAACCUAGCCAGCUGCAGACUACUCACCGAAACCACCUUAGAUCACUUGGAGCAAUGCAAGGCAUUGAAACAUUUAGAUUUACGACACACCACGCAAGUAUCGACGCAGGCUGUCAUCAGAUUUGCGGCAAAAAGCGAACAUAAUCUACACGUGACGGACGUAAAGUUGGUAGAAGAGAAGAAGAGGAAGAUAUCCGAAAUUGAAGCUAUAAUACUAUGAAAAGGCCUCACGUGGUGCUCGCGCGUAUUAUUGUUCAGUGCAAUCCGGUUCUGUUAACGUACGUAGAAACCAUCGUUCGCGAACGAACUGUAAUUGCGAACAAAAUACUUGCGACUAGGGAGGAUUUAUUUUACACAAGAGAAAUCUGUACAUGACGUGCAUCAUUAUAUGAUGCGACAGGAAGGACCUGACUAGCAUAAGAUUUCUAUUGCGGCGACACACAUCCUUUACUGAUACGAGGCCAAACGCGAUCUUGGCGAAGACGAUUUUUUCGCGACUUCUUAUUUUUUUCGUUUUGAUUGCGGAAGCUUAUAUGUUUGACUGAUUGAACUGUAAGAUUCUUUUAAGUUAUGCAACAUUUCAUACUAAAUAUUUUCCGCUAUAAUACUAAAAGUGGUUUCUGCCUUUUAUAUUGCGUAAACUUCAAUUUCGUUGGUCAUCUUAUAAACAUUGCGAAAAAAAAAUAACGCCGAAUGAAAAUACAUCGCUUCUUUUAAACGUAUCACUUCCAACAAUUGUAAUUUGUAUUCUAUUUCAUGAAGAAAUCAUUGUUCAUAUUAUUUUAUUCCUUCUUUUUUAUUUAUCUAGCGCAAGCUUUAGUCAGGUUGCUAAGACAGAGUCGUGUUCAUCAAGAUCCGACAGAGAGUAUCUGUCAUGAUGUACGAAAAGGUACAGUAUAAGAACUCUAUAUUGAAUCAUUGUUGACCGAAGACAGUAUUUUUCGCAUAGGUUGUGGAAAUUGAAAAUGUGUGAGCGCGUGUGCACGUGCGAGGAAAGUUAGUAUUUAUUUACAUGAAACCCGAACAAAUCCUAAACGAGAGAAUAUCUCAACUGUAAAAAUGAGAAAGCUGCCUGAGACCACACACACAUACAAUUUAUCCAUAAACGCGCGCCAAUUAUAAAUAAAUAAAUAAAAUAUAUAUAUAUAUAUACACACACACACAUACAUACACACACACAUACACACGAUUGUACCAUUUCGCAAUGUUAGUUAGGUGAUCUCUAAAUGUCGCACGAAGACAGCAUGUACAUGUUUCGAAUUUUAACUUUCGACCUAAGCUGCAUUUCGUAGGCGACGUAAAACAUUUUGUGUAAGCGGUUAUGUACAUAUACCUGCUUUUUUAUAUAAACA